AUGGACGCUUUGCACGGCCAAACCUCAUGUGUAUCAUUGCUACAAAAACUGCAGUUAGUAUGGGAUGAAGUUGGUGAGAGCGAUGAGGACCGCGACAAGGUUCUGUUUCAGCUGGACCAGGAAUGCUUGGAUGUGUACAAGAGGAAAGUUGAUCAGGCACUCAAGUCAAGGGACCUUCUUCUCCAAGCACUGGACUACUCAAAGAUGGAGCUAGCCAGGCUCGCUUCUGCCCUUGGAGAGAAAUCCAUAGCAACAAGUCCUGAGAAAACAGCACGAACAAUCAAGCAACAGCUUGCUGCUUUAGCUCCAACACUAGAACAACUGGGCAAGCAGAAAAAGGAGAGAAUAAAUAAAUUUGCUGAUAUAAUGUCAAGAAUCGAGCAAAUAAGGCGUGAGAUUGCUGGCAAUAUCGAGAUAGGCCAGCAGGUAACAAUACCACAAAUUAAUGAGGAUGACUUGACAGAUGAGAAACUUCGGGACUUCCAGUCUCAGCUCCAAGAGCUUGAGAAAAAGAAGAGGGAGAGGCUGAAGAAGGUACUUGAACAUGUGAGUACAGUACAAGAUCUCUGUUCUGUAUUGAAGAUGGAACAUUUUAGCAUAAUAACUGAAGUUCAUGACAGUCUAGACGACUCUGUUGGUAAGGACCACAAGAGCAUUAGCAAUGAUACCCUGUCAAAACUUGAUAGGACAAUAGCUACUCUUAAUGAGGACAAAAUGCUGAGGCUAAAGAAGCUUCAAGAGCUUGCCACUCAGCUAAAUGAUCUAUGGGAUCUCAUGGAUACACCAAUGGAAGAAAGAAGCUUGUUUGACCAUGUUACCUGUAACAGAACAGCGAGUGUUGAGGAAGUCACUGCACCUGGAGCGCUUGCUCUAGACAUAAUUAAUCAAGCUGAGAUCGAGGUUCAAAGAUUGGAUGAGCUCAAAUACAGCAAGAUGAAAGAGAUAGCUUAUAAGAAGCAAACCAUGUUAGAAGACAUUUAUGCUGGUGCUCACAUAGUAAUAGACACAGCAGCUGCGCAUGAUAAAAUAUUUGCGCUGAUCGAAUCAGGGAACAUGGAACCUACAGAAUUGAUUGCUGAUAUGGAUAGUCAGAUACUGAAAGCAAAGGAAGAAGCUCUAAGCAGAAAAGAAAUUCUAGAUAAAGUUGAGAGAUGGAUAUCUGCAUGUGAGGAAGAAAGCUGGCUUGAAGAUUAUAAUCGAGAUGAUAACAGAUAUAAUUCAGGCCGAGGUGCACACCUAAAUCUCAAGCGUGCCGAAAAGGCUCGUAUUCAAGUUAACAAAAUUCCAGGCCUUGUUGAAACUCUGGUGGCCAAGACAACUUCUUGGGAAGAGAAUCAUGGUCUACCCUUCACAUAUGAUGGCAUUCCUCUUCUAGCUAUGUUGGACGAGUAUGUGAUGCUUAGGCAAGAGAAGGAAGAAGAGAAGAGAAAAAUGCGGGAACAAAAGCGCUACACUGAGCAGUUACUGAACAUCGACCGUGAAGGGCCGUUCGGGACACGUGUCAGUCCCUAUAGAGUGGCCAGUGCAAAGAAGGUACCUAGUCCAAAGCCCAACGGCAGCGCGACCAACGGGUCCCCUGCUAGAAGGCUCUCGAUGAGCACUCAGCAGAACGAGAGCAAGAGUUCCCGGUCUUCUGGUAAGGAUGGUAAGAAAGCUGCUGCUGUGGCGGUGCCGCCACCGAAAACACCAGCUUCCCCGAAUGAAGCUGCAACAGCUAAAGAAGAUGACGCGUCCAUUCAGCACACGGACGCUGAUCCAGUCCCUUGUUCACCAUGA